AUGGAGAAGGAAAUAAAACAACCAUCUGUUUCGCAACCGGAAUCUGGUGAAGAUGCGGGAACGAGAAGCGGGGAUCUUGCUGAUGUCGACUACUCGGUCUUCACAGUCAGUCAGCGCAGGUAUAUUGUCUUUAUGGCCUCUUGGGCUGGGUUCUUCUCCCCUGUCUCUUCUCAGAUCUACUUUCCCGCGUUGAAUACCUUGGCGAAAGACCUGCAUGUAUCAAAUUCGUUGAUCAAUUUGACUUUGACGAGUUAUAUGAUCUUCCAAGGGCUGUCGCCCAUGUUCAUUGGUGACUUUGCGGAUAAAGCUGGCCGACGACCAGCAUAUAUCGUGUGCUUCACCAUCUAUAUCGCAGCAAAUAUUGGACUUGCCCUACAAAACAAUUAUGCAGCUCUUUUUGUUCUCCGGUGCUUGCAAAGUGCAGGGAGCAGCACCACCAUCGCGCUCUCGUCGGGGGUGGUCGCCGAUGUAGCCACUGCAUCACAACGGGGUUCCUACAUGGGAUUCGUCACCGCAGGAUCUCUCAUGGGUCCCUCUGUCGGUCCAGUAAUUGGAGGUCUUUUGUCUCAAUAUUUGGGCUGGCGGGCGAUCUUCUGGUUUCUGACCAUUUUUGCAGCGGCUUUCAUGGUUCCAUUUCUGAUUUUCUUCCCGGAAACUGCUCGUGGUAUUGUCGGUGAUGGCUCGUUGCCUCCUCAGAAAUGGAAUAUGUCCCUGAUCAGCUACCUGGACUCCCGAAAGGCUCGUGAAGGCGUCAUAUCUACCGCAAUUGUAUCCAAACAGAAACUCAAGUUUCCCAAUCCCUUCCAGACGCUUGCCAUUGUAUUCCAGAAGGAUACCAGUCUCAUCCUCUUCUGCAAUGCUAUUCUUUUUGCUGGAUUCUACGACGUGAGCGCAAGCAUUCCUGCUAUCUUCAAUGAGCUCUAUGGGCUAGACGACCUCCAAAUUGGUCUCUGCUAUAUUCCGUUUGGCCUUGGUGCGACCAUUGCUUCUGUUAUCAAUGGCAAAUUCUUGGAUUUCAACUACCGCCGUCUUGCAAAGCAAUUGAACUUCCCGCUAACCAAGAACCGCGAAACUGACUUGCGAAACUUUCCUAUUGAAAAAGCUCGUCUUCAGCUCGCAUUCCCUCUUCUCACGUUAGGAAGCAUAUCCGUCCUUGUGUUUGGGUGGUUUUUGAACUUUGGAAUUCAUCUCGCUGCGCCAACGUGUAUUCUAUUCCUCAUGGGAUUGACAUUGACAGGGGCUUUCAAUACCAUCAGUACACUCCUGGUAGACCUAUAUCCAACACAAGCAGCCAAGGCCACUGCAGCCAAUAAUUUCGGGCGUUGCUUACUGGGAGCUGGCGCGACGGCACUCAUCGAUCCUAUGCUCUCUGCCAUGGGCCGGGGCUGGUGUUUCACAUUCAUCGCGUUGGUGAUGAUGGCCACGACACCGCUGCUAUUAAUCGUGAUUCAGAAAGGGCCGGAUUGGCGUGAAGAGCGUCGUCUGAAAGAGGCAGCCAAGAAAACCGUGGAUGGGAAUGCCUCAAGAAGUCAGAAGUGA